AAAAAAAAAAACGUUUUGACGUCAGACGGUGCGUGCUACGUCAUCCCGUUCAGCGACAGAGAGCACGUUGGGAGCUGUCGGAGCCGCCUGUCUUCUUCUGGUACAGAAAUCUGUUUUAGCAGCGCACGCGGAGCAGUCUCGGAGACCCGGAUUAAGAGGCCGCGCUGAAGCUAACACAUUAGCCGCUAAGCUAGCUUCGACGCGUCGAGCCGCGUGCUCAAACUCUGUGUCACGUCUGGAGACCCAGGAGUCUUCAUCAUCAUCAUCUUCAUCAUGGCCGUCCGAGCGUCAUUCGAGAAGAACAACGAAGUCGGUUGUUUCGCCAAACUGACCAACACCUACUGCCUGGUGGCCAUCGGCGGCUCCGAGAACUUCUACAGUGUGUUUGAAGGCGAGUUGUCAGAAACCAUCCCUGUGGUCCACGCCUCCAUCGCAGGCUGUCGCAUCAUCGGGAGGAUGUGUGUGGGUAAUCGUCACGGCCUUCUGGUUCCCAACAACACCACAGACCAGGAGCUGCAGCACAUCAGAAACAGCCUUCCAGACCCGGUGAGGAUCCAGAGAGUGGAGGAGAGGCUGUCGGCGCUCGGUAACGUCAUCGCCUGCAACGACUACGUGGCCCUGGUGCACCCGGACCUGGACCGGGAGACGGAGGAGAUCCUGGCAGACACGUUGAAGGUGGAGGUUUUCCGUCAGACGAUAGCAGAGCAGGUCCUGGUCGGUUCAUACUGCGCGUUCAGCAACCAGGGGGGUCUGGUUCACCCCAAGACGUCCAUCGAGGACCAGGACGAGCUGUCGUCGCUGCUGCAGGUUCCUCUGGUGGCAGGUACGGUGAACCGGGGCAGCGAGGUGAUCGCGGCGGGAAUGGUGGUCAACGACUGGUGCGCGUUCUGCGGCCUGGACACGACCAGUACCGAGCUGUCGGUCAUCGAGAGCGUGUUCAGACUCAGCGACGCGGCGCAGCCCUCCGCCAUCGCCACCAGCAUGAGGGACUCCCUGAUAGACAGCAUGGCGUAAGGACUCCUCUGGAUUUCCUGCCAGUGGACUUUCAGAACAUGAAGCCGCCGAGCCGCUUCUGCAGUUACAUGAUCACUUUGUACGUUUUUCAUGUUUUUUCCUGGGCUGCAGUCCUGGCAGGAACGUGGGACCUGCUGCAGGUCUGCUGGUCCAUCAGCCUCUGUAGAUGGAUGACGCAGCCGCACAUACGUGUGGGAGUGUGAAUGUAAACGACGGUUCCAGAGACCAGGGUUUGUCUGAGGUCUCAUGGAUGUUUACUGUGUGAAGGACAAAGUGUAGCUUUAUGUUCAAAUAUCUGGUCUAUAAAAUAAAUCCUUUUUUAAUCCA